AUGGUCUCCACGUCUACUCUCGGCACCCCUGCAAAGCUCAUCCAUCUAGCUCUACUCCUGGUCUUGUCCUACCCUACUUCAUCUCAUUCUCUCCCAGUACCUGACUUGUCUAACGAUCUCGUUGCCCAUGAGAUUCUUAGUACUACUGGAGGGAGCUCUGGAGGCGGGAAUACUACGGUAUUUGUGGCGAGGGAUGCUGAGCAGGCGGCCGUGUAUGCUGAAUUGGCGAGCAAAGUUCGUGCGGAGAUGCAGAAGGAGGGGGAAAAGGAAGGUGUAGGUGGGAUUAUAAAGAGAGCCGAUAGGCAGCCACCGUUGGGCCCGUAUGGUGGGCAGGGGCCCAGUGGGUCUAGCAGUGCUGGGGCUGGCGGCUCGGGCUCCACCAACAGAAUCAUCUUGCCACCACCAACCCCCCCUGGUGCCGGUGGCUACCCUGUUCCUGGUGCAUAUCCUGCUCUCGGCGGUUAUCCUGCUCCUGGAGGCCUUUCUACUCCUGGUGGAUAUCCUGCUCCUGGUGGCUUACCUGCUCCCGGUGCGUAUCCUGCCGCUGCUGCCUAUCCUCCUCCAGGUGGUGGUCAUGGCGGUGCUGCUGCCCCCGACAAUCUACCUCCGAUAGCCUCAAUCGUGGGGCCCGAUGGUAAUACCAUAAUCCCUAGUCGAGUCUACCCUCCAGUCGCCGGUGUCCCGGCUGCUGCUCCAGGUUCCAGUCAUGGCCACAACAUCUAUGGCGGGGCACCCAAUCCAAAUGCUGCACCCUAUGUGCCAAGAACUGCAGAGCAAUUGCUCCAGCAUGGCGAUCAGAUGACUGACGCACAAGAUCACAGACGCGACUUUCCCCCAUUCCCGUUCCAGCAGAGUCCGUAUAGUCAUUAUGGACAGCUUGUCACUUACGGAUGGGAGACUUAUCUUGACCCCCUCGGCUAUCUUGGGAAUCCAUUCAAUGCGCACACAGGGCUGUUUCCCGUAGCGCAGGGCCUUCAAUCUCUGAGUAUAAGCACAACAAUCACCAACAGACAUAUCCACAGACACGAGCAAACACGGAACUUCCAGUUGAUGGAUGGUCCACCGAUCGCUGCCUCUAAUCUAAAGUAUCACACUAUGUAUGAUGUCCUGAAUGGAGUCAUCUAUUCGGUUUGUAACACCACACCGCAAGAGAUCAGAAGCUUUGACUGGCAAGGCACCCCUCCUCUUCUACAGUGGUCAGAUGUCACUGAACUACAGUGGCACCAGCUUGGUGGCACGAUGCAAGGCCUGCAAUAUGUCAUUUUGGUCAAAUGCGAUGAUGCCGAAGUCAAAGAGGCGUUGAGAGCGAGUAUCUCACAUCCCAUCUUGGGCAAUGAGAGCAGAGUCCCAUUCCCACUUCCCGGGGGCAACUCUCCGAAGCAUUGGGGUAGGGGUACCUUGAGAGCCACUCCUGGAUUUAGACGCCUGAUGGGAACUGCUCCAGGCGAGCGUAUCGCUCUUCUCCUCGCGCAGCACAAACGACACGACGCCCAAGCGAGGAAAGUCACAGACAUAUUUGCUUUCAGAGACGACCAGACACCAGCAGGCAGCUUUCAAAGUAUAACUCUGGUCUUCAAGAUUGGACUUUCUACUGGGACAGGAGGCAAAAGAGGUCCUAGGAAACCCCCGACCAGCAACGACGGGGAUGACAGCUCGGCGAAGAAGGCUUCAGGCUCGGCGGCAUCUGACCAUCCCGGGUCAGGUCAGCUUCAGCCGAGCUAG